AUGGACACUCAAGAAGAGGACAAGGGAAAGGGAACGGUGAUUGAGGCUCAAGCUCUUGUCUUGAACAAGAUCUAUUGGUAUCAUGGAUUGAUGCCCCGAGAUGAGAUCGAGGAUCUGCUCAAGAAUGACGGGGAUUUUAUCGUCAGGAAGACGGAUGUCGGAUCCAAGGACAAGUUGGUGGUGUCCGUGAAAUGCAACAAGGUCAGACAUGUUCUGAUCAAGGUCUCCAACGAUGUUCGUUUCCAUAUCACAGACCAGUUGUCCUUCGAUACCGUCGAGAGAAUGAUCUGCUUCUAUGUGGUAUGAUCAUUAAUUAAUAUUGUUAUGCUAUUUGGGCAAUAUUAUCUUCGGUUCCUUUUCUUCCAGGGCUCCAAGGCCGAGAUCUUCCCUGACGGCACUAAGCUCUUGAAGCCCAUCAAACGGCCCGAAUGGUAUCUUCUCCAUGAUAACAUCAAACUCAAGAAUAAGGUUGGCUCCGGCAGUUUUGGUGACGUUUACAUCGCCGAGUUGACCGAGAAGGACAGAAAAUUUGAUGUGGCUGUGAAGAUGUUGAAAGGAAAGUUGGGGAAGAAGGAGAGAGCUGGAUUUGUAAAAGAGGCCUCUCUGACCAGAAGAUUUAAUCAUCCAAACAUCGUCAGACUGCUGGGAAUCGCCGCUCAGAUCGACCCGUUGAUGGUGGUUUUGGAGUUAGCACCCGGAGGCGCUUUGAAGGGACAUCUCCAGAAGAAUCCAACAUUGCAUGUUGAUACGUUGAACAGGUAAUUCUAAUAAACAACUUGAUGGUCAUCUUUAGAUAUUUAUUGGAUGCGGCCAAAGGUCUCAAAUAUCUCUCGGAAAUGGGCGUAAUCCAUCGUGACAUUGCCGCGAGGAACUGUCUGUUGGGUGAAGAUAUGACUGUCAAGAUCUCAGACUUUGGCCUUUCCGUUGCAACUGCUGAAGUCAAGGAAUCCAAGUAAGUGCAACAAUAUAAAUGAAUCUAUUCUCCAAGGCUGAUGAAAGUCCCAAUCAAAUGGCUGGCCCCUGAAACGUUGGGAAAGGGAAUAUUCUCAGUAAAGACUGAUGUCUACAGCUUUGGUAAGCCCCAUUCAGCGACUUUAUUAUUAUUUAGGAGUCAUGAUGUGGGAAGUUUACACUUAUUGCAAGAACGAUCCUUACUCAAACAUGCCCAAUUCCGAAGCCAGGAUCUCCAUUCAAUCUGGAAAGACGUUGGAUGUGCCCGCAGGCAUUCCGACGUUCGCUGAGGAGAUUAUGAAGGAUUGUUGGAAAAAGGAGCCCGAGGGUAGACCCAGCUUCAGUCAAAUCGUCGACAGAUUCACUAGCGAGGUUGAGUCCAAAUAA